AUGAUUCAAUUAGAUGCAUACCACAUAAUGGUUGUUUCUCAAUACUUUUUAUCAUUCACAGACUUUAUAGCACUUGAGAUGGUGUGUAAAAAGUAUAACGGCAAUCUCUCUCGAUUUCAUUUCAAUCCGAUUCCGAUAAACAAUACGAUUAUAAAGUACUUUUCUUCUAUUGAAACUUUGAAUAUUUGGUCUCCAGACUCCGAAAACUUCGGCUUUCAGUUUUUCGAUUUAAAUAAACCACGUGUUUCUAUACCAAAGUCUAUAUAUAAUUUCUUUGUUGUAAACAUAUGGUACCCCGUCGACUAUUCAACAUCGAUGUGUCCACAAAAUAAGAACUUUUCAUUUAAACGAAUUUGUUACACUUCAACUGAUCUUAACGCCUUUGGAGAUUUGAUACCUUUAAACGUUGUAUCAAUAGCAAAUAAAUGUUUUUCUGAUUAUCAGAGUGAUACUUUUGUUGCUCUCACACUUUCGAAGAAAAUUAAUUCAUUGGGAGAGUCUUCCUUUGCAAAAUGUUAUUCUUUAACUUCUGUGGUAAUGACUGGCCGAAUUGAGUCAAUUAAAAAUUCAUGUUUUUCAUUUUGCACAUCCCUUGUAUCUGUGCGCAUACCCGUAUGCUUGGGUACACUUGGGGAUAGCGCUUUUUAUGGGUGUUACUCAUUUCAAUCAUUUGAAGUUCCAAAAGGUAUUACCGAGCUUGGGAAGUAUUGUUUUGGGAGGUGCACUUCAUUGAGCAAAGUAAGAUUACCCAGGAGUUUGAGUAUUAUAGCGGAUGGGUGUUUUUCAGAAUGCAAAAAUCUCAAAGAAAUUGUGUUACCAAACAACUUAAAAAUGAUCGGAAGAGAAGCAUUUUAUGGAUGUCAACAACUCACAAAUUUUGUCAUACCAAAAAGCGUCACUGAAAUCCAACAAGAAGCUUUCCGGUAUUGUGGACUGACUUCUAUCAACAUUCCUGAUAAUAUCAUAACAUUGCCAUAUGGCGGUUUUAUUGGGUGCACCAAUUUAGUGGAGGUUGUGAUGUCUAGUAGUAUUAAGGAAAUUGAAAUGAAUUGCUUUGUUGACUGUAGAAAUUUGAGUGCAAUCAAUUUUACUAAGAACUUGAAAAGGAUCUGGGGAGGCGCGUUUUGGAAUUGUAGUUCACUUAAUGAAGUUGUAGUGUGUAAUAACACUAAAAUAGAUAAGGACGCAUUUCAAAACAAUACGUAUGUAUUUAGAAGAGAAGAAGAAGGGCCGAUCAUGCCAUGGGAAAGGUUUAAUAAACAUAACAAAUGA